UCGGACGAAGGAUUUGUUUUACCUUUCAUGUGAUGCUACUCGUCGUACUAAGAAAUCAUCAUGUCAAGUGAUGACACUGAACGUCUUAGUGAAUUUCUUUCCAAAAAUGGUCUCACCCACAAUAAGUGGUUGAAACAUUUUAAAGAUAAAAACAUCACAAAAGUCGAUCAAAUACAUGAGCUUGAAUAUAAGGAUGAUGUAUUUGCAGCCCUUUCGUUGGAUGCUAAUCAAGGAGAAAUCAUUGCUCUGCAAAAAAUAUUUGAAAUCGAAGCUCCCAUUGAUGCACCUGAUGUUGGCCUAGACAGAGAGUUGAAUGAGGUAGGUCUAGAUAUUCUCUACUGGUCAGAAGUCUUCAAAAGAGAACUUGGUGUUAUAUCACAACAAGCUCUCGAAAACGUUGGGGAGGAAUCGUUCCAACUUCUGGCCCAGUUUGUAAGGCAACCAUGGGAAAAGAGAGCACUGCGAAAGUUGCUAAAGUUAGAAAGUGUUGAAAGUUCUUACAAAAAGAAGAGAGAAACGCAGAGAGCAAAAUUAGAAAAACGACAAGCUGAAUCUGCUCGACUACUGGGGGAGCUGAAAAUUCUAGAAAAAGAAGGAAGAGAGCGGAAUGACUCUCUUGUCAAGGCUAAAGAAGAAAAAAUUCGAGAGAUGCUCCAAACACCCGGUGAUGCAUGGGUGCCCACAGAAACAUCUCUCAGUCAAGUCCUUCAGCAGAUGGAAGCUAUGCAUGAUAAUAUCGGUGGAACGUUAAAAACCAGGGAAGAUUUGAGUGAAGUCGAUGUAAUCAAAAGUUCGUCAAGUGGUCUUGCUUUACAAGGAAUUUUGAUCUCAGCAGACCCUACUGAAGCUGCAGAGGUAAGGAAAAACCUGCUGCGAGUGCCAGCAGAUGUUUGCCUCGAUGGUCCUUCUGAUCAUCAGCAUGACAAAAUACAGCAGUUUUUCAGCCAAAAGAAAGAAGCCGACUUUUCUAAACGGCUCAAAAUGCUUGGUUACUCCGCAUCAACAUCUGCAAAGGCAGGAUUUUAUGGAUUCAGUUUCGAAGCAAGUGCUGGGUAUAGCCGGAGCCAGGAGGAAGAAGAGACAACAGAGCAUCACGAAGAGGAGACAUACUGUUCAGUUGUGAAAUACUCCUUCAUGCCAAUGGCUUCUUGCAAUUUCAGAGAUCAUCAGCUUCAGCUUUCAGAAGAUGCCUUAGUCCAACUUCAGAAAAUUAACAAACAGUUGGUAAAGGAUUUUACACAGCCAAUACAGAGUGAAUGUGAGGAAUUUUUCCGAGAUUUUGGUUCUCAUGCUUGUAUCGGACCACUUCACUUUGGAGGAAGGUACUCAUGGAAAAGCUACUCCUCAGGUUUCAAAGAAUCCGAAAAAAGCACUGUGCGGCAGCUGCAAAGUGAAGCAAUCUCAGUCCAAGUCAGCAUGUCAUACGGUGGCAUAGCUGGAGCAUCAGCCGCAACUAGCGUCUCCAGUAUGGAAGGUAGUUUGAAAGGGAAGUAUUCAGAAGCUCUGAAAAGCCAAACAUUUGUGGAAGUCAGCAAAUAUGGUGGGCCUCCAGAGGCAACAGGCCUGCCGGACUGGAAGAAUGGAUUGGUGGCAAGUAACAGCACAUGGUUCUUGAUUGAUCGCGGUACACGGGGAAUGGCAGUUUGGGAAAUAAUUGAGCUGAAUCAUGCCAGUUCUUUCAAAAAUUGCUCAUUCUUUGCAGAGAAACUUAAGCAAGCUUGGCAAAAGUUGAAUAAAACGGAUGAAUUACCAAGAAUGGCUUUGACCACAGAAUUUCAAAGUGUGAUGGAUGCUAUAGCACAAUGGAAUGCAAAUCUCGAUCCGACUCAGUUUUCAACCCAACUCAUUCAGUUGGUGACACACAAAGAGAAGGUAGCAAAGAAGUUCUUGAACCCCCGAGUGUGGGCGACCGAGUAUUUAUCACAGGAAGUCUUGCAUAAAUUUUUGAGGUCUGUAGUUGACUAUUGCCUUAAUGAUGCUGGUAAUGAAUCUGGUUCACUCAAGCGGUACCUGCAAGAGCUCGUUGAACGUAUUGACCUCGGUAUUACAAGGGUUUUCCCCAAUCAACAAUAUGUUAUAGAGUGGCUUUACAAUACUAAAGAAUCAGUCCCUCCUAUGGAGUGCAAAGAUUUCCUAAGUUUGAGUGAUUUUUUCAAACUUGCACUAGAGUGCAUGCCUAGCAAGAUGCUAAAACAACGUCAGCGGAUGAUAGCUACUGCUGUUUCAACUGACUGUUUGAUUAAGGCAACUACAGUUAUAGCUAAAGCCACCUACUGUUUGAGAAGUCACCUCCAAAGAAGUGGUCAAAGGUAUGAAGAUCUGUUUACUACCACAAUGCUUUAUCCAUUCAAAUACAUUCCUUCAAAGUACCGUUUUUCGGUUUUACUGUCAUCGAGUGAUUUGAACUACCUUUGCGAGAACUUUGAUCGUUAUGUCAACGAAUUUUUCAGUGUAAAAGCAAAAAAUUCUUUGCUUAAUCUGCAGUCUCACUUGUUUUUACUGACUGUAACGCUCUAUGACUACUUUGAUGUAAAUGAAGAACACGUCAUACGUCACAUAAAGUACAUGGAGCGUGAAAUUGGUGGAGAAAUAGAACAGGAACUUUCACGUAUCCUAGAUGAACUCAAACUAAAGGAGUCCGGAUGUGACUGGGAGUUAUUUAGGAAUGAACUGGAGUCUCUAGCCCAAGAUAUUCUCUCAAAACCUGAAGAUGGAAGGGUGCUAAUAGAAGUCUUAGAACAGGGGAAAGAACAAGGGAAAGUUACUACUGUUUCAAACCUUAGAAGACAAGAAUCGCACAGCCUUCUUCAGGGAAACAAAGAAGUAGAAAAUCUUUUCUUGAAAUUGCAUCUCACAAAAGAAUACCCUCAAAAGCUUUCACUCUCCCAUGCCCUAGCAAUCAGAGAAGACACUCUAGAAGUAUCAAAGAAACAUGAAGCUGAAGAAGGAAAUGAUGAUGAAGAUGAAAUUGAUGAUGAAGAGAUAGAGAUGGACACACUACAUUGCGAUCCACAGAUGUAUGCGUUUCAUAUACUUCAGAAGAUCAUGUGUGUUGAUCACCGAUGUAGGAUGCCAUUGGUAUCAGAUUCGGAUAGUUCAGAUGAAGCUAUGGUGCACCCAAUGGAUGGUCUUCUUGCUCUUCUACACUGCUCCGAUGACUUCCUUCGCAAAGAUCUCUUGAGUAGACUUGCCACGUGUCAAUUAGCUAUUCCUGCACUCAUUCCACAUCCCAUGACUCGUAAACCCACGUUUCUUCUCUGGGCAAUGAGGUCAAUAAUAAAGGAAUUUCGAAAUUACAAUGGCAAUGUUUCGUAUGCAGGCCCUAUAGUUCACUAUCCUGCUCCUAUUGUGUCAUUUCUGCGUUUGGGUACACACUCUGUCUCCAAAUCAAAACUUCUCAAUACAGUCAUGAGCACCUCCAAUCAUCCCACUUUCUUUCACUAUGACUGUGCCGGAGGCAGAGCAAAAAGAGUGCUAGUCAAAGGACUUGUCGAAAUGAGCUGGUAUAUCCCCUCAAAGAACGACAAACGUCUUCCUGAUGCUGUCACAUUUGCUAAUCUGCAUGGAGAUGCUAGCAAAUAUCCUGAACAAGUACAAUUCCUCAGUGCAGUUAGUUGCAUGCACUUUGUCCUCCUUAAUGAAGGCGGAUUGAAGGAAGACAUAUCUUCAGUACUGAAACAGCUCUCUAACGCACCUGGAGGUAUAGUCAUUCUUCAAACCCAAGCCUCACCUAGUCUGGAGCCAAAACUGAAGCAGUCAAUACCAGAAAAACUGAGCAUUAUAGAGCUCUUCACCAUGAAUGAAAAUCGUAGGAAAGUGAACAUACUGAAAAUGAUCAAAGGUAAAUUGAUGCACAACCUUAAACUUACGCUUGAGGAUUGUAAAAGUGUUGCUUCUGACUGUGGUAUCGAAGUAGAUGAAGCUGGACCAGAAUGCAGUAAAGGAAAGGAACUAGCAGAUGAAUUUCACCAAAUAGUAGCUAAUUUGAAAAAAUCUGAUCCCGAUGAAAGCCCAAAGAAGUUAUUGGUCCUUCAAAGCAAGGCUCUCUGGCACAAAUAUGGUGAAUAUGAUAAAGAACAAUAUCGGCAAACUCUAAAAGGACAAAUGUCAAUGUAUGAGUAUUCUGGUUUGCAGCAAAAGAAAAUGAACCAAAUCCGCAAACGCCAGAAUGUCCAAUCACAAAAGCUAAGCCAAUUAAUGACAUCAUUCCUGACUUCUCUACUGACCACAGAGGGGAGGGUUACCUGGUACUACUUGCACUGGCUAAAAACAUAUCUGGAUGACCUUUCAAGAGAGCUGUUACCACCACUUCACACCAAAUACGAACAAAAGAGGAAAGAAUUGAAUGAUAUCCAAAAGCAAGAGAAGAAAAGUAAAAAUGCAGAAGACGUGUGUCGAUCUCAAAUGAAUGAGUUAAACAUGCAACUACUAGAUGCCUCUUUUGGACCAGAGCACAUGUUUCGUGAAAUCGGUCAAUUGUAUGAGGCAGUAAUGUCCCAAAAGGAUGCACCAGAAAAAUUACAGAGGAGUAUAUCUCGACUUCCCCAAAUAGCAGCUCAGCUUUUGGUUGAUGGAUUCCCACUGGAACUGAUGGAUGGAGAUGCUGCACAUGUACCAAUAGAUUGGGUUUCUACCGUCUUGGAAAAGUUAUCAGAAAUUCUUAAACAGAAAAAUGGUGGCACCUCCAACCCACAAUUGUUUGUACUGUCUGUUCUGGGGCUACAGAGCACAGGAAAAUCAACCAUGUUGAACACCAUCUUUGGAGUUCAGUUCAGUGUGAGUGCAGGAAGAUGCACUCGUGGUGCCUUUAUGCAGCUGCUUCCAAUUCAUGAGUCCUUACAGGAGUGUGGAUUUCAAUACUUUCUCAUCGUUGACACAGAAGGUUUACGUGCCCCAGAACUUGAUGCACUGAAAAUGCAAAGACACGACAAUGAGCUGGCAACAUUUGUCAUUGGAUUAGCAAACCUCACCAUCAUAAAUAUCAAGGUGAGAUUGCAGGAGAUAUGAAUGAUGUACUACAAACAACUGUUCACGCGUUCCUACGAAUGAUGAAGUCAAGCUGAGACCUAGCUGCCACUUUGUGUAUCAAAAUGUGGCUGCUGUUGCGGCUGAUGAAAAGCAAUGCAGGGUCGCUUUAAAAUAAAGGAUAAACUGGACGCAAUGACAAGAAAGGCAGCUGAGCAAGCAGGAUUAGUUGCCAAUUUAUUCUGUGAUGUUAUUACAUUUGAUUAUGAGAAGGACGUUUCCUUUUUUCCUGAUCUGUGGACAGGAAGACCGCCAAUGGGCCAUGUUAGUGAAUUUUACAGCAUUGAAGCUCAGACCCUUAAGCAUUACCUCAUCAGAGGGGUCGAGCGAAAUCAAAAAAGCCGUAAUAAUUCAGUUUUGCAGCUAAAAACACAUUUGGGAGAGUUGUGGAAAGCCAUUCUCCAAGAAAACUUUGUGUUUAGCUUCAAAAACACAUUUGAGGUUGCUGCUUACACAAAACUGGAACAGGAAUACAGUGAAUGGUCACGCAGCUUUAUAAGGCGGAUGGAUGUAUGGGAACAGGCCGCCCAAAAUAUACUAAUGAGCUGUUUGAUGGGUGAUCUUCCAACUGAGUACCAAAUAAAAAAAGCUGAACUCCCCGAGUUUGUCAAUGAUGAGUACAAAAAAUUGAAAGGGAUGAUGGAUAAAUACUUUGAUGAAAGCUCAGAGCAAGAAACAAUUGCAAAGUGGAAGGACGAGACCGAAAGUGACCUCAAAUACUUGAAGAAAAAACUGGAGAGGCAUGCAGCUGAGACCUGUGACCAGUUGUUCAACUUUAGAAAUAACCGCGCAAGAGCAGAUUCGAAAAUAGAAAACAUGUGUUCAGAUAUAAUGGAGCAUGUGCAGCGUGUAGCAUCCGGAUUGGAAAAGGGACGACUUAAUGAGGAACAACUCAAAAAGAGAUUUGAGCAGAGUUGAGUCGGAUGGAUAACGGAGUUGACACCCAAUAUCGACGAAAUAGAACCUCCAAAUAUAAAAAAUGAAGUAGAGACUUGUGUUAGGGAAUAUCAGACCCUAAAAGCCCAUCACAGGCUUCUGUUGAAUAAGCUUACUCAACCUGAUAGUAAAACUGGAAAGCCACGGCAAUGGGGGGUUCAUCUCACACUGAAAAUAAGGCCAGUUCAUAUCCAGUCCUUGAAAAACUGGUGGGAUCUGAGGAAAUAUGUAGGUGGAGUAGAUCGCUACAUUCGUCCCGCUCAAGAAAAGACGGACAGUGUCUUCACAGAAGUUGGCAAGUGGCUCACAAGAAAGCGAGAUUCAGGUGAGGACUUUAAACCAAAUUACACAUCCGAACUCCUUGACCUUCUAUUCGACAAAAUUGCAGAAGACCCAUCUGAUAGCUUUGAUUACACACCAGAAUAUAGUGUAGAAAUGGCUCUUACCAUCUGCGGCUAUGGACAGAAGGUAUUUGAAGAAAUGCAUGAUACGUUCUAUAAAAAGCACGAUCCACUUGUUUACAUUGAAACAGAAUUAAAGGAAGAAUGUUGGAAGCAGUUUAAAGAUAGCUACAAUGACAUUGAAAGGGAGAAGACCGCUGCUGAAACACUCUGCUCACAUCUUAAAAGAGCAGUUCAAACGGAAGUUUUUCUGCAAUUGGAAAGUGUUGUUUGUGAAAAAAUGCGAAAUACAUUUACCUGGCUCAGAACUAAGAAAAGGUUAAGGGCAAAGGUUCUCCAUGAUAUUGGAGAAAAGCUUGAGCAAGAUCGCAUUCUGGGAGAACCAUGCGAAUUUGAUCCAUGUGCUCUUUACCUCAAAAAUCCGUCACAAAGUCUUGAGUGCUGGCUUGCUAGAUAUACAGUUGAAUUCUGCAAUGAAGGCAAUCCUACAGUUGUGUCUAAAAUUGCCGCAGAGAAAUUGUUGCUUAUAUUUAAUGAAGUAAGGACGGGUGCAGGUAAAGUCACGAAGUUGCUUGCGAGCACACCUCACCCAGUUAAAAUCAUUGAUUGGUUAGAUCAAUUCCACAAUGAGUUGAGGGGAAAGCUAACAAUGGAUCUAACAAAACUACGUACAAUGCUUGGAAUUAAUCCGAUACUGAAAAACGUCACAUUUUUCGGAGAUGAAGUAGUCAAAGGGCUUCAGAAACUGCAUGAGCAGUUAAAAGAUGAAUUCAGCGAUCUAUCUGCGGAUGUAUGGAUUCGUCACAAGUUGGCAAAAAAACCAAAUGACACCCUAUUUGAGGAGUUAGUUGGAUGUACCGAGUUGUGUCCAUUCUGCAAACAGCAAUGUGACCACACAAAUGCCAAACACCCAGACUCGGUUCUGCAUACCGUCAAACACCGCCCAGGAUGCCUUGGAGGAUAUUGUGAUGGACGUGACCAAACAAUGUGGCUGGAUGUUUGCACUUUCUCAGUUGCCGCAAAUCACCGGUUUAGAAACAAAGAUACCAACAAUGAAUGGUACCACUAUAGUGAGUACAAAAAAUUUUACCCAAAAUGGGAUAUUCCUGGGGAAAAAUCUCUUCCGGCAUCAGAGUUUUGGAUAUGGUUGGUUGGCAAAUUCUCAAAGGAGAUUGAAGCCUGCUUUGGCCACAGUGAUACUAAAAUUUACAAAGACUGGCAAGCGAGGACGUGGCCCCCUGUUAAACAAGCAUUAAAGAAAGAAUACGAAGAAAGUUGAGAGAACGAUGAUAACUUUACAAUAUUAUAAACAGUAGACUUGAAUAAUGAUAACUUGUAAACAGUAGAAUGUAUAAUAUAUAGCAACUGGGUAAAUAUCACACUAUAGUGUUACUAAGCUAAAUUUGU